AUGAAACACAAUAUUAUUCAAAAAUAAUCUUGGUUAUAGUCUAUAGAUAAAUUUGGUGUUGGUGUUAGUAUUCGCUAUAAUAAGUAGAGCUUUCACAAGACUUCUUGUGGGGGAUUUUUUACAAUGGCUAUUAUUGGAUUUAUGAUCUAUAAUACUGUGAUUAUUGCUUAUGAAUUAAUUUUGCAGAAUAGUCCAACGGUAAUUUAACAAACUAAUUACAUAUAGCAACAACCAUCAGUGACUCUAAAUCCAAAUAUUUUUACCAUCGCUUUAGGCUUACAGGAUGAAAAUUAUGUUCACUUUUUAGACGAAACUAUUUACACUAUAAGCGCUAGAUAGAAUUUGCAAAUAAGAGAGAUGGAUUAGAGUGGUAAUGCAAGCUUUAAAUUGAUUUACACUGAUGUGAAAAUGAAACCUUGUACUGCUUAAAAUUUUUAAGUUGAGGGAACUCAAUAAUACUUCUUAAACUUACCUUAUUAAUUUAUGUAUUGUAUAUCAUAAGACCAAUAAUUUCCUUCUAUUGAAGGAGAGUUUUCAAACGAUAGAUUUUCUUAAUUCGAAUUAUUCUUCAAAAAGUGCUAAAAUACUACCGAAAGCAGUAAAUGCAAACCACAAAAUGUUAUUAAUUAAAAACUUAGUAAAAUUACAUUAGGUACAUAUAUUUCUAAUUAUGAGAUCGAAAUAACUAAUAAAGACAAGCCAUUCUUUUCUAAUGGAUAAAAUUUAUUUUGGUCAACAGGGGUUGGGAUGGAAAAAGACGUCUACCUCCAAUUAAUGAACAACAAGAUUUAAAGCGAUAGUGGUAUUAUUUUCAAUGAUUUUAAUACAAUCUAGAAUCUCUCAUAUUCAUCCAAUAGAGAAAUAGUUUUACCCUAAACUACAGAUUUGCUUUUUUAUAUGAGUGUUCUUUAUGAAAAGAAUAAAGAAUAGGUUUUUACAAGGACAUAUAUGAAACUGAAUACAGCUUUCUCUUAAGUGGGUGGGCUUUUUAAUUUUCUUAUAUUUUUAGGCUAUGCUAUUUGUCGCCCCUUUUCAUAGCUAAGACUUAAUUAGAAAGUUAUCAACGAAUUGUUUACAUUUGGCAAAAAGCGCAAAAGUCCUUUUUAGGCUAAAAAUUUAGCUGGUUUGAGUCCGAUUGUUGAUGCCAAAAAUUUAAGUAGCUUCUCUAAAAGAGAGAAUUACAUCAAAAGAAAUAUGAAAAGCUGUUUCAAAGAUGAGGCAGCAGCAACCUAAGUAAAUAUUCCUCAAAAUAAAGAAAAUGAUGAGACCAUAGCAAAAUUUCCAAUAUCGCCUUUGAAUCAGCUUAACUCAAACGGAAAGCUAACAUCAAUUAAUUAAAUAAACUAAUCAGUCAUACAUAACCAACCUUUGUAAUCACAAACUGGGAAUUAAGUAGUUGAGGAUUAAACAAAUCCACCUCUCUCUUAUUCAGGCUAACUUUAAUAAGCUAAUUAAAAAGUAAAAACAAAACCCUAAUCCCAAAACCCUUUGAUAAUUGAAUAAGAGCAAAGUGUAAAUUAAAAUUCCAAUUUAUCAAAAAAAUAAGAUAAAAGCCUAAAAAUUAACAUGUGGGAUUAUUGUCUAAGCUACUUCCGUAUAUUCAAGUGUUUUUAAACAUAAAGGCAAAAAAUAAUCUAAUAUUCCACAGACAGUAUACUUAGACAUAUUGAUCUAUUUAACAUUAUAAGAAAACUCAUAGAAUUAGAAAAACUAAAGAGGCUCCUAUUGAAUGAAAAUUAGAGAAAGCUUUUUGAAUAUUUACCAAAGCCGAAUUUAUGUCCUAAUGAUUUCGAAAAUUGCAAUAGCGAAGAAUAAUUUAUAGAAAAAUCUGAAGAAAUGCAGCAAGUUAUAGGGCUUCUUUGUGAUGACUAUAAAGAAUCUGAGAGAGUUUCUUCAGUUGAGGAAGCGUAUAAAUAAAUCAAAUAUAGUUAAAAGAAUAAAUCCCAUCUUGAUGAAAGGCUGAUUGAAAUGCUUGAUAAUUCAAUAAAAGAAAAAGUUGAUAGCAACGAGUAUUUUAAUUAGCUAUCAAAAUAAAUUUAGGAAGAAUUAAAACCACAAAUUAAUACUCAAAUUUCUGAUGUAAAUUAUGGUAAAUUUAAUAACAACAAAACCGAUUAGCAAUAAUAGGUGUAAGGUAAAGACUAAAUUCAUUCAUUGAAAGCUGCUUCUAUAUAUUAAAAUUAUGGUGUUGACUAAAUAAAUUUAUUUAACUAGGAUAACCAAAACGAAUUAGAAUCUUGCACCAUAAAUCUAUAAGAAAAUAUACCCUAAAAUUUCCAGAGCUUAAAUUUAAAAAGUUUUUAUGCAAAUACUUAAAUUCCUCUCUAAAUUGAUUUAAGUCCAUCUAAACUGAAUAGUGCUUCAAUAAAUCCUAUUCCUUAAUCUGUUAAGAUGUAGCACAAUUUAUCAGCUAAACCAAAAAAUGCAUCAAAAAUAAUCAAAGGAGAUGAGAGCUAGUCAGUAUCAAUGAAUAAUACAUCAUAGUCAAUUAUAGAAUUAAAUUAAAUAGGGUUUAAUAUAAAAAAUAACUGA